AUGAACAGAACCAUCGCUUGGAUCAAUAAAACUGAGGGUAGAGAUAAAUUCUGCAAGGCUAUCCAAUAUGCCUCUCGUUUCUUAAAGUGGCACUUCACUAAUACCGAAAACAAAGAACUUGCUGCUCGUUUCAAUGGUCUUUUCAACGGUAUGAAGGAUGCAAGAAAGCUCUUUAGAUUAUUUAAGACCAUUAAUGAAAUCUAAAAGAUCUAGGAACUUUUAAAUAAGAAAGAUAAUGAUGAAAUUAAUAAAGCUUUAAAUAUCUUAGUUAGAGCAUUCUUCGGUUUGUAUUGGUACUUCGAUAACUUGGUUAUCUUAAAAUCAGUUAAAUUCAUCCACGGUGACCCCAAGCCUGAUAAUAAAAAGGGAUCUACUUGCUGGUUAAUAGCUCUUCUUCUCAGUAUUGCCCAAAACAUAAGAAAUCUCUUAAAGAGCUUAUAGGAAGAAGCAAACUUAGUUAAGUAAGUUUUAGAGAACCAAGUAGAGUAAGAAAGUGUUAAGCUCAACGACUAAAUUGCAAAGAUUAAAAAGUAAAGAUUUGAUAUUUAUCUCAGCAUCAUCAAGAACCUCGGUGAUACAAUUACAGCUGGUCAAGCCUCUAAUUUAUGGCCUACUCUCCUCAACAAAAAUGCUAGCGAUGGUUUAAUUGGUCUAGGUGGUUUUGUUUCUGCAGUUAUUACUUCUUACUAACUUUACUGA